GAGUUAGGGAACGCAACUAUUAUUUAUCGCCUGUGAAAAGUUCGUACAUAAGUGGUACAUAUGUAAAGGAUAGAAUUGUGUUCUUCGAAUAAUUAAAUGCGUCCAUUAUGUCUUUGCACUCUGAUACUGGAAUAGAUAGCACGAUCGGAGAGUAACAACAAGACCGCAGAAGCCACAAUCAAAAUCCCAUUCGAGUCAGUACAGCGUGCAGUGAUAGUUUAUCGAGUAUUAAGCGUUGAUAAGGAACCGAGUCGUAAUUUUGUCCAAAAGGAAUUGCGUUUAGUGGGUGAUGAAAUUGAAGUACACUUUAAAGCUACUCAUGUAAAACACUUACGAACAGCAAUCACAUCCUUUUUCGGAUCCCUCUUACUCUGUACGGACACAAUCAAAGAAUUUGCACCAAGUUCUGAAACUGCUACCACUAAUGCCAGAGCACACACCUGCACCAACACCGCAUAGAGCGGUGUACGGUUUCAGUUUUUAUUUACUUUUCUUUACUCUAUUCAUUCUAUAUUUAAUGUGGGCGCUUUUGCCAACUGAAAGUUGGGGUCUAAACUACCUGCCAGAUAAAUACUUCGCUGCAUAUUUACCAAUACUGGUGCUUAUGGGUAUGUUCGUUUUUGAAUUCUUCGUAUAUCCGGGAAUUUGUUUGGCUAUGACACCCAACGUAGAUGAUGUGGAGUCUGUGAUGGAUACUGCUUUAUUAUUGCGACAUGCCGAGGGUGAUAAAUCUGUAAAUUCCAAGAAUAAUAGUGUGUGGGCGCGUGUUAGAUACAUUAAACAAGCGAAACCGCGAAAAGAACGCGAAGUGCUUUCCAACUGUGACUUUUGCAAUAGUACACAUCGCCUACCAGCAGCACAUGAACAGAUAUCUACAUUGAGGUUUUUGGAUUUACAGGAUGUUAAUAGUAUUUUUGAUUAGAGGCAUCAAGAAAUAAAGCUACAAUUUAUGUAUGUACA